GGGAACAUCACCUCAUGCGCCAUGUUAUUAAGGAGAUGUUUUUAAUUAGACUGAUGCGAACAUAUACUUUCUAUGCACAAAGUACAAGAUGUCAAAUUUAUCCGCGCUUCGAUUUAAAGAUAAGGUUGCCAUAGUAACAGGUGGUGUCCAGGGUAUUGGUAGAGGCAUAGUCGAUGUUCUCGCUGAGAAUGGAGGAAAGGUUGUUGUUUUCGACAUUCAAGACGAUGUGGGCUCCAAAAUGAAAUCAGAAGGACAAGGGGAAAUAAUCUAUAUGCACUGUGAUAUGACUAAGGAGGAUGAAAUAAAGAGUUGUAUACAAGCAGCGGAGAAACGGUUAGGAAAAAUAGACUGUCUUGUGAACCAUGUUGGAUUUCACCCAGGGUCAUACACUAUUGAUGAGUUGUCGGUACAAGGUUUUAAAGAUCUUUUGCAGCUUAAUUUGAUCAGCUAUUUCACUGCUAGUAAGUAUGCUCUACCGUAUUUACGGAAGUCAAAAGGAAAUAUUGUCAACAUUUCAAGUAUCGGUUCACCAGCAGCUUUCAGAAAUUCUGUAACAUACGUGGCUACAAAGGGUGGUGUUACAUCUUUUACAAAGGCUCUGGCAAUUGAUGAGGCAAAGCACGGAGUUCGCGUGAAUGCAAUUGCAUCAGGAGCUAUUGAAGAAGUUUGGCCAGCAGAUGAACUGGAAAAGCUCAAAACAUGUCAUUUACUGCAAAAGAUUGCUCAACCAAGGGAGAUUGGUCUAGCGUGUUUGUUUCUGGCAGUUGAUGCUACAUUCACCACUGGUGAACAGCUUAUGUGUACAGGAGGAUCAGAAAUUGGAUACGGAAUAAAGAAUACUGGAUUAGCAUUUUAAAGAAAAGAACUGUAGCAGAAAUCAGAUACGGAAUAAAAAUAUUGUCUUGGCAUUUUAAAGAAUAACCCAAUAGAAGAAAUAAUACUGGAUUAGCAUUAUGAUAGAAUUGUUGAAGAAAACGGGUAAAGAAUAAAGAAUGCCGCCGUAUUAGUAUUUGAAAGAAAGGGAUGUUGCAAAAGCCCGAAAGGGUAUAAAAAUACUUGAUUAGAUAUUUUAACUACGUGAUGAGACUGUGCUGCGACAUCUUAAUUUGUCAUUUUUAACCGGUAAUGAAUACUUUGACGCUGUUUUAUACAACAUAGUAGGCACAUGACAUGUCAGUACUUUUACUUUUAGCUCAUUUUUUUAAA